AUGGCCAAUGGCACGCAGUACAGCAGGGCAUACUAUUUGGCCGAUGGAAUAUACCCUCGCUGGCCCGUGUUUGUCAAGACGAUCCGACAACCAGUUGGGCCGAAGCAGACUUAUUUUGCAAAAAAACAAGAGAGUGCUAGGAAGGAUGUUGAGCGGGCUUUUGGAGUCCUCCAAUCGCGAUGGGCCAUUAUACGGUGUCCGGUUCGACUAUGGCACGAUAAUGAUGUCGCAGACAUCAUGACUGCGUGUAUCAUAUUGCACAAUAUGAUAAUAGAGGAUGAAGGCUUUGUUGCAGAGCGCUGGGCACCGGAAGAUUGUGCUAGCACAAGUCACGGUAUUGCAACCCCUCCUCUGCAGAUGGGUGUACCACGCAGUAAUGAGUACUUGAUUCAGCGCUUCACCAAUAUGCGGAGUGAAAUAUCAUAUUCAACACUGCAGGCUGAUUUGGUUGAAGAGGUCUGGAACCGUAGAGGAGGGGGCGCAGCGUGA